CCACUCAGUGUUGUUGUUCACGUCUCGUCCGGUCUCACUGUCUCAGUGCUAUUCGAGCUCAGUCUUCGACGAUUUUUACACGGUUCACCCGACGACCGCACAUCUUGAAAGUUGCGACCAAACGACAACGUAACACGGAACCCUUGAAGUUGCAUUAGCAAAACCGACGAUUUUUAACGCGAUACGACCGAUCGUGUUCACUUCCGCCGACGGAAAUAGACCGUGGGAUCUCUUAUUAUAUUCAUCUCGAUCGUUGUUCCCGCAUCCGACCGGUGACCAGAUCGUAUCUGCCUAUAAAUAAACACAUCCACGCAGAGUCGAACAUGUCGGCCACGACGUUCCGCUCGUUCGCCCGUUCGUUCGGGUCGAAAAUUGAAAAGCCAGUACGUACACAUUUAGUCAAUGUGUAUGCCUGUUUGACAGUAUCCAUGAUAUCAGCUGCAAUUGGGGCGUAUGUUCAUGUUUUUACUAACUUUCUUAGUGCUGGAUUAUUGACAACUCUGGGUGCUACUGGGUUAUUAUUGGCACUUAUGUACACACAAGAUAAUGGAAAAAAUCGCUCUCUCAGAAUGAGUUAUUUAGUUGGAUUUACUUUCUUCACUGGUCUUGGAAUUGGUCCAGUCUUAGAAUAUGUUAUCCACGUGGAUCCCAGUAUUAUACCAACAGCAUUUUUGGCGUCUACAUUGGUAUUCACAUCAUUCAGCUUGUCUGCCAUUUUCGCCGAACGUGGAAAAUGGCUCUAUCUAGGUGGUACUUUAAUGUCAUUGCUAUCUGUCCUCAUGUGUUUGUCUUUGGCCAACUUAUUCCUUGGAUCAGAGCUUAUAUUCAAAAGCUAUCUUUACCUUGGUCUUGCGAUUAUGAGUGGUUUUGUUUUGUACGAUACUCAGUUAAUUAUGGAAAAAAGAAGAGCAGGAGACAAAGAUUUCAUUGCUCAUUCGGUUGAUCUCUUUGUGGACUUUAUUGGCAUCUUCAGAAGGCUGCUAAUUAUUUUAGCACAAAAGGAACAAGGAUCGAAGAAGCGCAAAGACUGAUUGGAAACACAUCCUCUUUUUAAAAUAAAAAUUGUAAUUACCAACUAAAUAUUAUCAACUGUGUACACAACCAACUAUUUGAAAUUAAAUUUAAAA